CAAGUUUGUCACCCGGUUUGUUUAGUUUACAGUCCCGUCGUUCGGUCGGGUCGAAAUACAUACCGAACAGACAGACAGACAGCUUUGUUGGUCAAGCUGCCUUGCAACCAAACACAUCAAUUCCACCAAAUAUCCUUUUCUAACGCCAUUUUAGUUCAGAGCCUUUGAAAAACUCUAAAUAAAAGUUCCAAAAAAGAAAAAAUAAAACACAACAAAAUGCCAGUACAGCGCCAUUGUAUUGUUAAAGGCUGCACUGAGCAGGGAGUACCAUUGUUCAGUUUCCACUUGGAAAAUAUGGACGUAUGGCUACAACAAUUGGGUAUGGUGGGUCGAGAGAUUAAAUGCUCCUACGAGAAGGUGUGUCAAGUGCAUUUCGAGAACCACUGUUUUGCCAAUCAUAUUAAGACUAAGCUACAACCCGAUGCCGUUCCCACAUUAUUUCUCCAACCGAAGAAAAUCGAAAGACAGGUCCAACCAGCUGUUAGCUAUGAAUUCCAUUCGAGCAUCUCAGAAGAAGAAAAACGUUUUUAUCUCAAAGCCUAUCCAACGGUGGACAUUGUACGUGAUCGUAAAGUUCAUUGUACAGUAUGUAAGACACAUAUUGGAACAGCACCCGUACAGGAGACUGGAAUUAAAAUGCAUCCAAUUCUAAGGGUUACACAUUGUUUGAAAUGUCACGAUUUCUAUAAUAGCGGCGAAUUUAGCAAGGGCGAAGAUGGCUCGGAAUUGUAUUGCCGUUGGUGUGGUCAAGGUGGCGAGGUAUAUUGCUGUUCCAGUUGUCCCUAUGUCUUUUGUAAAUCUUGCAUUGUCAAGAAUUUGUCUCGUGGUGUGGUGGCCGAUAUUGAACAGAAUGAAAAUUGGAAUUGUUUCAGUUGUGCCCCGAAAAUCUUGUGGCCACUGAGGGCACAGCAUUGGGCACUAAUGAAUUACAUAGAACAGCAAAAGAAAGAAGCCUAUGCCAUGAAUCUGAGCGAACAGGAAUUAGAUCAAUUUCUCCGUCGUGACCGUAGUAAAUGUUGCCGUUUGGCCAAAGCAAAGUGUGGCAAUAUGUCUGAUUCUAUGGAAAGUUUAGAUUCAGUGUUAUCCAAGCGUAGUCAAGGUUCUUCGGGUUCAGCAAAGAAAGCUGCAAAACAUGGAACAACGCCCUCACCACAACAGCCCAAUGCUAAAAGACCGAAAAACAAUGAUGAAGUGGUUUGUACACCUGAUUUACUUAGCAUGUUGGAACCGGAUUGCCAGAUUACCGUCUCACAGAAAAAUAAUGGUGGCACCCCUCAGCGACCUUUGUCCACACAAUCCGGCCCAUCGCCCAGAAUUAUAUCCAUACAACAAUCGCCGAACAGCUUUGGUGGUCAAAGCGUGAGCAGUUCUACACCCAAAACUUCGGCACCGCCGCCUUUGUUGCUGAGAAAUACUGCCAUAAAAUUAAGACCAGCUACUCAGCCACCAAUUGUACGUCGUACUGUCAUUGGUCCGCGGGCACCUGCACCGGGUGGAAAUACCGCUCCAGUGUAUCAUACCAUUAAUGGUUAUCGCAUUGAUUUGAAUUCCGCUGCACAACAGGAGACAUUCCGUUUGCCCAAUGGCAAACUGAUUCAGGUCAAGAGACAGGGUCCGCCUCCGGGCUCCAAUCAGGCGCCAACAACCAAUUGGCAACAAAUGUCCCAACAACAGCAGCAACAAAGGGUGGUGCCACAAACAAUUGCCUCUAGGCCAGUGCAAAUUACCGCACACCCGUAUCCGGGACCGAAUGCCAUUCAAACACCUGGCCAACCGCAGGUGGUACGUUAUCAUAAUAACGUCAUUGGUUCUACAACAAUUAAUGCUAUUGCUCACAAUGGGACUCCAUUGCAGGCUAUAAAUGGUCAAAUACCAGCACAGGCACAAGUCGUACCCAAUGCCCCACAAAUGGCCCCCGGUCAACCGAUUCGUCCUGUUAUGGUGCGUCACAUUUUCCCCGAUACUCCAAUAGGGCAGGCCCGCACCCAGCUCCAGGAACAAGUGUUCAAUGCUAUGGAAAUUUGUACACAUCUAACGAACAAAGUUCAAACAUUGACUAAUUCGAAUGCCUAUAAACAGGCCAAAAAUUAUUUGGAAGUUAAGGAACUCUAUAUACAUUUGUCGUAUUUGCUCACCUAUGCGAUUGGUCGUUUUAAAGGGCUGCAAGAUAAAUGUUUGGCUGAUAUGCGUCAUCUUGGCUUUGGUAAUGAUGCUGAUUGUUUAGAAAAUGGCCAACUGGCAGCAGCUGUUGAUUAUGUCUGCUAUGGCCAGUUGGACGAUGUUGAUUUAUUCAAUACUGGUUCGAAUAGUUUUCACAAUCAAGUGUAUGAAUAUCGCAAAAGUUUACAUGCCAAUCUCAAGGAUGGUGAAGAUGGCCCACGAUCACCAUUGCCCCCGAUAUUUGAAUUGGGACAAGGUAAAUCAAAUGAAAUAUCCGAUGAUGAAAAUGGCGAAGAUAGUCUAUUGGAAGCACCUGAAGGUGAAACAACAAAAGGCGGCGAUCAAUGGUUAGCUGGUGGUGAUGAUUCUCCUGCUCCGACCUACGAUCAAGAGAAUGAAGAAAAUGAAGAGCCCGAUGAAUCGUAUAUGGAUAAUGAUGACGACGAGGAUGGUUAUGGCAGAUCUAUGGGUGGUUAUGGUAGUGGUUUUAUGCAGGGCACCGAAGAAUCCAUGCGUCGCAAUGAAGAAUCUCAUGCCUAUGAUCGGAAACUAACGCGUCUGGUGUCACAAUAUCCCUCAAUAUGGUGCACUCGACAUCCGGAUUAUGGCAACUUUGAGGUGACCCGCAAACAAUGGCGCAUAAUUGCAGCUCAUUUUGAUCGUAACGAAAAUAUUAAGCUACGUUGGAAGAAUAUACGCAAACGUUUUGUACGCAUUGAAAAACGUAUUGCCGAUGGAAAACGUUUCAAUGGACACUUUGACAAGGCAAUGGCGUUUUUGGCAAAUCGUGAUUUACCACCAAAUCAAUGGCUGCCCGUUGAUUGUGGUGAAGAUGAUGGUGACACAUAUGAUCGCCGGCAAUUGGAUGCGAUGGAGAAGAAUUUAAUACGUCGAGAAAAAGAUGAAUUUGGCAGUAGAAAAGGCGCAGAUGGUGGUUCUUCUGCUGUUACAGUAACAAGAAAUCCGCAUAAUUAUCAACCAGCCAUAAAACCCAUUGAAAUCGAUCCAUUAGAUUUAAAAAUUAUAACAUUUGUCAAAACAAAUCCAGUGUUGUGGAGAAAAUCAAUGGACCCGGAGGCCGAUAAAAUUGAUGAACAAACUCGUUGCACUGUCUGGAAACAAUUGGCCAAAUCAAUGGAGAAUGUAACCACCGAAUACAUAAAGGACCGUUGGCAACAUUUAUAUGAAAUGUAUAAAACCUUCCGUUUAAAAACCAUUAAAUCUUCAGAAGAUCGUGCUAAUCUUGAAUUGAAAUACUCAAAAUAUCUUGCCAAGCUAUACUUCCUCUAUAAGAUAGAUGAAAGUGAAUUGCGCAAUGAGAAUAAUGGGCUCUUUGAGGAUUGUUUUGAGUUGGAAGAUGACGAAGAAGCCGAAGAAGAAGAACGAGAAGCUGCAGAAGCAGCUGAACGUAAAACGGCAGAGAAAUCCGAUGCUGGUGGUGACACCUCCGAGCAUGAUAGUGGUCAAGAAGAGGCAAAUGCCGAUAAGAGUAACGAACAGAAAGAAAAAACUCUGAAAGCAACACCCACAAAAUUACAAGAUAUGCCAGACGAUAAAGAAUUCCUUCAGAAAUUAGUGGAGUGCGUCAGGGAAUAUCCUGCCCUGUGGGAUACAAAUAAUGCGGACUACAAUGAUAUUAUGAUACGUGAUAAUCACUGGCAAGAGAUUGCCACAAAAUUGGAAGAAUUCAAACGUGAAGUCAAGACGAUUAAACUACGCUGGCAGUUGGCCAAAUUCAGCUAUUAUCGCUACAGACGUGAAAACGGUGAAAUUUCGGAAAAUUCCAAAAUGGAACAGUAUUGCAAAAACCUACCCAUUGAUGAUAUGGAAUUUUUAAAUUAUUCUUAGAAUUGUGUAUCUCAUUUUAAUUAAGCUCAUUCCCCAUAUUCCCCAAACUUUUCUCACACUUUAGAAUAAGUUUUUAAAGAUUGUAUUAAUAUAUUUUGUAUCUGUUUAUUGGAUAUUAUCCUUUAGUCUCCUUUUCUCGUACACUCGCCAUUUUACAUUAUAACUUUUUUUUUAUUUUUAAUUAUUUAUAUUUUUAUAAUCUUUUUGUAUUUCUCUCACUAAAGUAGUCAUAAAUAUUUCAAAAAUACACAUCCAAUACCACAAAAUUCUUGAGAAUAUUGUGCGCAAAUAUAACGAAUAUACUACAACUGUAAGCCAAUAAACGCAAGGCAUUUUAAUUACGAAAAA